CUGGACCGAAUGUAUAAUUCAUAAGGUAAACAGACAAAGUACUAACCUAAGAAAACAAAUACAUAGAUUUACCUCGUAAAUGACUACAAGCUAUAAUCAACUUGUCUUUAUAACUCUGGGAUCGCAUUUAUGCAUUCAUCUGUUGGCCAGAUUCUAAGCAAACUGAGUGAAAUGGUUCGAAAAGAUUUUUCUAUAUUCAUAGUUCUUACAGUUUUAGCCGCCGGUACCGACAGUAUGACAAGACAGCAAUUAAAAAAGUCAACUAAAAUGUUAAAAAAUAAUUGUAUGGGCAAGAAUGAUGUCACAGAAGAUAUGGUGGGAGAUAUUGAAAAAGGAAAAUUUAUCCAGGAAAAAAAUGUAAUGUGCUAUAUUGCAUGCAUCUAUCAAAUGUCGCAGAUUGUAAAAAAUAAUAAGUUAAACUACGAAGCUUCAAUAAAACAAGUGGAUAUUAUGUUUCCCGCGGACAUGAAGGACGCUAUGAAAUCUUCAAUUGAAAAAUGUAAAGAUAUAUCCAAAAAAUACAAAGACAUUUGUGAAGCGUCAUACUGGACAGCAAAAUGUAUAUACGACGACAAUCCUAAGAACUUUCUAUUUCCUUAAUGUAUUCAAAUUGAAUAUAUCACUAUUUUUUUAAUACUACUGCAAUGUAACUUUAACAAUAAUACCUAAAAAGAUCCAUGAAUAAAUAAUAGAUUGUAA